AUGUACUACGUCAUGUGGGCACCAUGUGCAUCUAUCUGUCUUGCUCGGGCUCAGGUCCAGGCUGUUCUCCAACGCCCGAAGCUGUUCAUGGUCAGCGAAAAGCAAUGGAGGAAACUACUAUCACAUAGCAAGCUGAAACUCGAGAACUCAACUAGCGAUGUUUCCUGCCUGGACAUCGGCGCGGGAUGUGGUGACCUCACUGUCGGGUUUAUGAAUUUGUUCAAGGCGAAUAAUGUAACGGCAACAGAAGUCUCUAAAAUGAUGUGCCGACGUCUGAGUCAAAAGGGCAUCCGGGCAGUACGGACUGCUGAUCCUAUAUUGCCUGAGGUUUCCCCGACUUUGAAGAAGUUCGAUGCUGUCUUCUGCCUCAACGUGUUGGACCGGUGA